CUUCCAAACUAGCCACUAUUAUGGCUUGGUAUAAAUUGUAACAUUAUCGCGCCAAUCUACCACAAUUCAUUCAUUGUUCUCAUGUUAAACACGCAACCUAUAUUUAGUGAAGUGAUUUUGGAUUACCACAGACAAAAUGUCGAAAAUCAUCGUUUGCUUCGUCGUGGCUUUGCUUAGCCAUGUCGAAUGCAAACCAUACUCCAGUCCGAAGCCGUAUCCUGAUCCACAACGUCAGUGUCGAACAGGCCACUGUAACGUGAAUCCUGCCCUGCGGUACGAUUCGUCAUUCUAUCCAUCAGCGAAUCAGCUGCAACGUGUUGGAGUCUAUCCUGGGUGUGACACUGAUGAUAGCGAUGAAGUCGAAGAAAACCCACCGCCACUGCUGUUGAAUCCAGUAAUGGAUUGCAACGAAAACGCACUCCCAGUUUCAGUUUGCGUACAGCUUCCGCCCAAGACUGCUCUGAAACUGCCGAAAUACGUACUCCAGCAAAUAGUUUUCGCACUAACCAAAGACGAUAAUGCGCUGGAUGUGCUUCCAGAAAUAACGUUCGUUCCAUGUGUGCAAACGACGGCGCAGCCCGACCAAACGACGACGGUGCUGCCGCUCACCCAUCCGCCGCCGCCAGUGCCGCAACCUGCUCCGGUGGUCUAUCCGGGGUACCCAAUGAUUCCUGCCACCACUUUAGCGCCCGCUUCGCCAGUGGUGUAUCCCCCGCCCAUAUCUUCGCUGAGUCAACCAUACAAACCGUCCAAAUAUUGUGGCUCUUGUCGAUCGUCGCUCACGCCACGAUACAAUAAAUCGUGAAACCGUUAAAUGCCUAGUGGGUAGUCUAUUUAUUUGAGUUAUUUAUUUAC